GCAGGGCACCAACGGCAGGAGGGCUCCCACCGCGGCGCGUACAGGCGGGUAAGGCGGAGCCAGGCCUCUCCAGCGCCUAGUGUUUCAGCCCUAUAGCGGGCCUGGCUCCCGCUAUCGGCUCUAAGAGUGCCGAUCUCGGCCAGCUUGGGCGGGGGAGGCGCGCGCCUCUGAGUGAGGAGCGAAGGAGAGUAGAACAUCGCCCCCAGCCCCGCUCCCUCUCCUCCGCCCCGCGCUCCGGAUCAACGAGCUCACCCAACUCGGCUGCCCCCUUCAGCAGCGGCCGCCGCGGCAGGAAUAGACACGAGUUACAACGCUCGCCGGGAGUCGGAAACCUCCCGGCCCAGAUACUGGAGGCCGCCAACGUUGCGGGCGUAGCCUCGACCUCCUCGUCCUGGAACACCAGUUCAGAGUGGUUGAUCUUCCACCAGCAUUCCAGCUGCCUGUCGAACAAGUCCACAGCGGCGGACGCCAGAUAACACCCGAGGCUGCAGCGCGCCCUCCCAACUCAUCCCGGGUUUUGGCUUAAGAACUGACAACAGGUCUCAGGGUUGGCAUCUGGGGCUUUGGCACCCGCGGCCUGAACGACAGGGUCCAUAUGUCUGCCCUCUGCCCGACCACCACAGACGAGGCAGCCUUGGCCCCUAACCCGGGCCCCAGCAACCCCCGGGUAUCCGUACAAGAAUCUGUCCCGCCCUCAAGGUCUCCCCGAUUGCCCCUACAUGCCACCUUGCACUCAGCACCGGGCUCCACCCGGAUAUCAAUAGGAGAAACUCCUAGACCCACUAACACCUUCAGAGGGUCGGUGCAGGGGUCCAUCUCACCCGUGAAGCCCUCCUUUAUCAAAAUAUCGGCACCAGCACCUCCACCACCCAAUAACACUCCCCCAGUGUCACUACUUGGAUUAACCUCGCCCUCGAUAUCCGGCUCCCCCUUGGGUUCGGUGCCAGGACCACCUACACCCAGUAACUCCCCCCGACUCUCAGGACAAGAGUCCAGCCGUGUCUCCAUGCCCAACUUCCAGCAGUUAUCUGCAAAAAGAUCUGCCCCACUCUCAGCCUUGUCCCAAGAGUCGCUACAAGGGUCUGCCCCGCCCUCGGUGGUCAGGUUUCCUGAGAGUUUGGCGCGAGGAUCUAUAGCGAUUUCGGACUCCUCCCGAGUGUCGAUUCGAGGGUCCCCUCCGCCCUCAGAUCUUAGCACCCCUCGGAGUUCGAUACCAGAACCUCUUACUCCCGUGAACUCUCAAGUGUCCACACAAGAGUCCACUCAGCUCUCAGAGCAAAGUUACCCCGAAAGAUUAGUAGAAGGAUCGGCUCAACCCCCGAAUUCCCCCGGGGUACCAGUACCAGGGGUCGCUCCGCCCUCGGCUCCCGGCUCCGCCCAGGAAUCGGUGGAGGAAUCGGCUCCGCCCUCGGGCUCCCCCCGAGACUCGGUAGAAAAGUCCGCUCCGCCCUCGGCCAGACCCAUUCUUGUACCCACGCCCCGGGAGAGCCGCAACCAGAGCAUGGAGAGUCUGCAGAAGACGAGUGACGCGGGCCAGAUGUUCGACGUAGUCGUGAUAGGAGGCGGCAUCUCAGGAUUAUCUGCUGCCAAACUCUUAGCCGAACAUGAAGUUAAUGUUUUGGUUUUAGAAGCCCGGGAGAGAGUUGGAGGAAGAACAUACACAGUGAGGGUAAAUGAUUUUGAUACCUACAUAAAUACAAAAUCUCACACAAACUAGAAGUGGGGUCAUUGGAAGUCCCAGAGCUGGGGGGAAUCUCAAGAGUGUAUGUA